GUGUGUGCAUGUUCUGGAACUUUGAGCUUAACAGCCCAGUGUUAUGAAUUCCUAUAUAGAAGUCACAUUAACCUCAGUGGGAAUGGACUUAUUUCCAGGUGAAAUGGAUUCCCCUGACUACCUGGAGGAGGAUUUCUCCAAUCUAGAUGGGCUGGAGGAUGAUGUCUUCCACUCUGAAGACUGUGGACUUGCCAGUCAACCCAAUGAGAUGACAUUUCCUGGCAUUUUCACACAGAGUAAAUCUUACAACUGCCUUCUGGGGAGAUUCCAGCUCUUCCCACUUACACACUGUUGCGGCCCAGGCACCAGGCAUGCCAAGCAGCAAGAUAAGGCAACUCAAACCCUCAACCCAUCCUCUUCUAGCCAGGAUGUCAUGUUACCUUGUGGAGUCACUGAAGAGCCCCAGAGACUCUUCUAUGGGAACGCCGGGUUCCGUUUACAUGUCAACCCCAUUGGUUUCUCAUUGAGUCCACACCUCCGGGAGGAACCUCGGGAAAGCCCACAGGAACUGCGAACUGAAGUUCAGAUUGCACGGAAGUUACAGUGCAUUGCGGACCAGUUUCACAGGCUGCACCUACAGAGGCACCAGCAGAACCGAAACCAGGUCUGGUGGCAGAUCCUCCUUUUCCUCCAUAACGUGGCGUUGAACAUGGAGGCCAACAGACACCACGCGGGUCGGAGGUGAGAGCUACCCUGCUUCUUCGGGUCCCAUCCAGUCUUCUGGGAGCACUGAACAAAUCCAGGGCAGUCAUGUGUAUGCCACUAGACAGAUGUGAGGCUCCUGUGAAACUGAGGACACUUGUACAAAGGACUUGCUUUCUCUCUCCGCGGCUUCCUGUCCUCUGAGGUGGGAAGCUUUGGUCCAACACUGUUGAAGAACAAUCCUCCAAUCAAAUGUGCGUGGCUUUCACUCAAGAAGCAAGCGAGCAAGGAAGGGGCUGGUAUAGGGAAGCUUUGGUUUUAGCCAGUGAUGGGCGCAUGCAGCAUUUUGCAACAUUGCUUGCCGGUUAGAAUUUAGGGACGAUGAGUCACAACAAUUUGGGGUAUUUUACAAAUGAGGCACACUUGUUUCGGGAAACUUUUUUUUUAAAAAAAAAAAUCUGUUCAGGAAUAACUAUGAAACGGCAUACAUGUACAGCUGGGGAAUAUUGAAUCCUUACAUUUUAUUGCUGGAAGACACUGGUUUAAAAAAAGGAGCAAAGCUUGACUGGAAAUAUACCUUCUCUGGAAUUCACGAAGCCAUGAAGCUGGGUCCCCCUCCCAUCUUUUAUUUGGGGGGGGGAAUCGAAAAAUAAGCAACACCUUCUCAUUUAAAGUACUAACUGCACUACUUUGAGAACACAAAAGUGUAUUGUGUUUAACCCAGCAGAUAAAUUUGCGCUGUAUCAUAUAUUUAUGAAAAUUUUAAGCAUCAUUGCCUUAAUCUUAUUCAAAUAUAUCCAGUGUUAGAGGUGGAGCUGCAAGCUACUGCCUCUAAGAUACCUAUCUUUAUUUUUGUGAGUUGGGAAAAAUAGGAGUAAAAAUGAUGGGAGAAGUUCGCCGUCACAAUCUUCCAGUCGUUCCAUCAGCACAAGCAAUUUCAGCUUGCCCAAUGGAAUGAUAUUCCUUCCCGUCGCUGCGCAAACUGUUCUGGAGUUCUCCUGGCAUCCCCCCUUCCAGAGCCAGUUUGAGAGGGUCUUGGGGGUGCAGUGGGACUUCCCCCUCCCUCCACUAGCUCCCACUAGCGCACCUACUUAGUUGAAUCCUACCCAUUUUAACAAAUAUAUUAUUCAUGGACUACAGAAACAUCACAGUGAACAUCACAGUUUCACAGUGAGCUAUGAAACUAGUUUGGUACUCCAGGGCAAGUUUGGGACUUGUGACAUUUUCAAUCUUAUGCAACUAAAAAGUCUGAGGGUCUCUUUUCCACACACACACAAAAAAACCUUUCCACAAUACUGCAGAAACAAUAUAUCAGAUAUUUGGCAGAACUCCUGCAGCAAAUCGCUGAAGAUGUUCUGCAUUCUGCAACAUUUAGAGGUCUCUUUGCUAACAUCUAAGAGUGUUCCUCAUUUGGUGAUCCAGCCCAGAUUAAUAGCAAUUAUAUCCUUGCUAACUCUACUUACUUCUAAUAUAUCGGAUCUAAGAAAAUAAAAACUGAAUUAAUUGAC